CUAACUCGAUCCUGUUGCCAAGUUUCUUAGCUCUCGCUUUGGCAGAUUAAACAGCACGUCGUAUAAUUGGGCUUCUUCUGCUCUGAAAUACAGCAAAGGACUUCCAACCACUCUCGCAGCUGUACGCACCCUUUUAAUUAAACCAAAAUUCCAAGCAAGCCGCCAUGCCCAUUCCCCUUUUACGCCCACUUACCGGCGCCGUUCGUCAACAAGCUCGACGAGGCUACACAUCUGUUUUAGAGAAGCCAUCGCAGAAGCCAACUCAAGAGCUUCCAUUGAGGCUACAAGCUAUCCGGCUUUACAAGGAGCUGCAUCGACUUGGACGUGAUUACCCUGAUCCUGAGUAUGACUUCAACAAGCGUCUACGAAGGGCCUUUGAGAAAAAUGCAAAGGUCACUGAUCCCGAAGCCAUGAAGAAGCAACUUGAAUUGGGAGAACAUAUCAAGAAAGAGGUCCUUGCCCUUAUUUCACUCAAGAAAUUCCGUCAUCUCAGGCGAGCUUAUCAUCCAAACGAAGGUCCUCGUUAGAUCGGAGCUCCAGAUUAACCACUGAUCUAGAUGACUGGCUACACGCCUCACUACAUUGUUGCACAAUACAGGCGACAACUCAUGUUUCUCCUCUUCCACUGCUAUCCAAUUAAUCCUAAUGACCGCGAUUUCGCCCAGAGUCCCAGCUGAUAGCCUUCUCCAUAUUUACUUCUCUGUUGGUAAGAGCUGAGCUCUUGCUGACUGACCAGGCCCCGAUUAUUGUAGCCACGCAAGCUUUGUUCGCUUUCUAUAAACCGGAAAU